AUGUCUUCAAAACGAGUCUCCGAAGCCAGGGGGCAGCGAGGAGUCCAGGGCGCCUGGAACCACCAAGCCCAAUCAGCCCUGUUCCUCCCCGCCCCGGCGGGUAGUGAGUUCACUAGACCAGGGCGUAUCCCCGGCCAAGCAACGCACACUGGCGAUCCUCACUCGAAAAGGAGUCAGGCACAAUCGGGCUGGCCCAACAGCGCAGCAAUCGAUGCGCUGGCGACUAACGUGGCCGGUGCUUUGUUUGUGGGCUGGCGGCGUGUCGAAGUGAGUCGUGACUCGUGA